GCUGCGCCCGCGCACCGGCGGCAGCGCCACGGUGGUGCUCGGCAGCGACGCCGGCGAGUGGGCCACCAGCAGCAGCCGCCACGGCGUGGGCCUCCGCGAGGCCGCGGCGGCCCUGGAGACGCGGGUGCGGCCCUCCCCCGGCGGCGUCGACUCCCUGGUGCUCGGUGGGGACGCGGGCGGCGAGACCGCCGAAGAGCUGCUGGCGCGCCCGCGCCCAG